GUAACGAUUCUAUGGACACCGAUUUUUAUGGACCUAUGCCUCACAUUACCCUUUUAAUUUUAUUAAACCACGGAGCAGUCUUAUUACAUUAGUAGGCCUACGGCUGCUCCCUGAUUGAAUCAUUUUAAUUUCUUUAAAUUUAGCGUUUCUCUUGUCACUUUUUAUUCUCUUUAUCUCACUAUUAAAAACGUACUUCUUUUUUAUUUAUUUAUCUCGUUCUCUACAUCUGACAUCAUUACGAUUGUCUUUGUCAAUUUUCUUUUCUCGUUAGCCUUAAAGUUACAAUAUCAGUUUCAGUAUAAGCCUAAUGUGUUACUAUUAGUUGCCUUUGUUGAAUGUAUCUCUACGUUUGAAGUUUAAUCUAUUAUCGUUAAAAGAUCGUGUUCCUAGCCUUUAAAAUGUAUGUGGCUAUCUGGUCUCUCCAUGUAAGCUAUUGUUUAUCAAAUUUUCAUACUAAAAAAGAUAAAAUAAAUACGUAAUUCGCCUACUAAUUAGGUAUUUAGUGGCAUAAGUAGAUUACUACCGUACCAUAUAGCGAUAAUACCAGUACUGUAAUGUAAAUCGUAACCAAAUUAUUCCACGUAAGUGUCUGACAAUUCACAUCAUCCGUGUACUACACAAAUCAUCCAAUGAUAUAUCCCAUAACAGGGCCUACGCAAUGUUAGGGUUUGUCAAUAUGAUUUGGGUUUUAUUCAUAGUAAAUUGAUUUUAGAAUCAAUCCAGCGGAAACAUUUCAAAACCCAAGGGCAUCAAACCUGGUGCAUCUUCUGCUGUGUUUCCUUCAUUCAUUUUUAAAGAUAAUUCAUACUUCCGUGAAAUUGUUGAAGUGUAAAUUUACAUCAUCCUUGACAAGUAUAACGUGAAUCACUCGAUCAAAAUUAACAGUAAAAAGAUCGUUAAUUUUUCCGGUCCUGAGUAAAAUACAGAAAUGGUUAAGUGAUUCCAGAGCAUUUUUGAUAGAUUUCAGUACUAACGCACUACCAAUGUCAAUUAAAGAUCGGGGUCGGAAUGAAAAAGAAUGCUGAACACAUACUUCUCAGAGACGUGUGGCGUAUCUAGGGGAUGUACAUGCCUCUUCCCCUACGUCUCCCAUCGAAUAUGUUGAAGGCAAAAAAGAUCACGCUCAAGUACUUAACAAAACACCUUCAUUUCCCUCACUAAAGCUUCGAGUCCCCACUUCGGCUUCGCCCCCACCACCAGCCUCCUCCCAUUUUGAAGACUCUUAGAUAGGCCAACGCCACUGCUGAGAGAAGGAUUUUUCCAUAGCGGGUAUUCGUUGGUUGAACGGAAUGCUUGGGGAAGAAACAUUGUCCCUCGUACAUACGCGACUGGAUACAAUACCAUUUACUGUAUGAAAUUAAUAUUACAAACGAAUGAAUAUUGCGAUACACCACAGGAAACGGUCGUUUGCUCUAUUAGUAUUAGUACGCUUAAUAUUUCUGGCUGAGGAUCCGAUUCAAAUUAAGCUCGUAUGUUUGAUGAUUCGUAAGUUGUUUAGAAUAUAUCUAUGUUGAACAAAAAAUGGAGAAUCAUGAAAGUUUCCUUAGCAUAAUCUGCCAACAUCUUCAGACUGUAAUUUUUCAACAUAAAAGGAAAAUUAUCUAAACAAUAUCAAUUUGGAACCAGAUAAAUUUAUCAUGUUUUUUGGUAGUAAUAUAUAUGAAAUACCGUACCGAUACGUCUUAAUCACGUGCACGUUUUUCAAUCUAACACUAGCAAUAACUGUAUUUUUUUUCUUUUCUGAAACUGUAGUUCUGGGAACAGGUUACGAUGGAACAUGGAAUCAGUUCUACUGGAACCUAUCAAGGAACUUCCGAACUGGAACUACGUCGAGCUAAUGUCUACUUCAACGAAGAGUCACGUGGCAUAUUUACUCCAAGAGCUGUCCUUGUUGAUCUUGAACCUGGUACAAUGGAUGCGGCGAGAUCGGGUGACUAUGGGUCUCUGUUUAAACCAGAAAACUUCAUAUUUGCACAGAAUGGUGCGGGGAACAACUGGGCCAAAGGAUUUUAUACAGAUGGAGCUGAUCUUAUUGAUGAAGUCAUGGAUGUUGUCCGGAGUGAGGCUGAGUCAUGUGAUUGCCUUCAAGGUUUCCAGAUAACACAUUCACUUGGAGGUGGAACUGGUUCGGGGUUGGGUACCCUGCUGAUGAGUAAACUACAAGAAGAGUUUCCAGACAGAGUGUUGGCAUCAUACAGUGUUCUGCCAUCGCCUGGUGCGUCGGCUACCAUUGUCGAACCUUAUAACAGCGGAUUAUCUAUGCACCAAUUGAUAGACCACUCAGAUAUGACGUUCUGCAUUGACAACCAAGCUCUUGCAGAAAUCUGCACUCGAACUUUGAAGCUGACGUCACCCACAUACUCGCAAAUGAACCAGCUGAUAGCAAAUACUAUGUGUGGAGUUACUACGUGCUUACGGUUCCCGGGCCAGCUAAAUGCUGGUCUAAGGAAACUCGCCGUCAACAUGAUUCCUUUCCCACGUCUCCAUUUUUUCAUGACAAGUUUUGCUCCUCUUAUGUGCUUUGACAACCGCGUUUAUAACGCAGAUACUAUAUCCAUGUUGACGAAACAAAUAUUUAACGCCCGUAAUAUGAUGACAGCCUGUGACCCAAGACACGGACGCUACCUGAGCGCCGCUGCUGUUUAUCGAGGGAAUGUUUCCGUUUGUGAAGUAGACCAGGAAAUUCAAGGCGUUCAAAACAAAAAGAGUAAUUACUUUGUUGAUUGGAUUCCAGACAACAUUAAGACUGCUGUAUGCAAUAUAGCGCCACCAAACUUUAAGAAAACGGCAACAUUUAUGGGAAAUAAUACAGCUAUUUCUGAAAUUAUAAGGCGAGUUUCAGAGCAAUUCACCAUGAUGUUUAAACGAAGAGUGUAUUUACAUUCUUAUUUUAAUGAAGGUAUGGAUGAAUUGGAGUUCAAAGAGACCGAAUCAAGUCUUAGUGAUAUUGUGUCCGAGUACCAGCAGUACGAAAUUGUUGGAGUUGAUGAUGACGACGACUCGGAACUGGAUGAUGAAAUGGAGUAUUGAACAAGAUCCAUAUUGGUAGGCCUAUUAGACGGUACAUACUCAGAUUUGACGAGCAAAGCAAAAACACUAUACGCCUGGAUGGGCUGUACCAGGAUCUUAGAUUAUACUCAGAAGGAACAUCAACCCUGCACCUCGCCCCAGUGCCUCAUACGCCCACAAACAAUAUUGGGUAAAAUUUCCUGCCUGGGGUCGGGGAAAUUCACUGUGGAUGAGUCUAAUGGAAUCGAAUUUAUAGGGGGUAGCGAAAUCCAUUUGACACCACAAAUAGUGUAUCUCCAUCAUUUCACUACUGACGCGUUGUGUCGGUCUCUGUUUAAAACAAAAUGUUUUGCAAAUGUCUUCCUCAAGGUCGGUCUUAUGGGUACUUUCUAUCGUUCCUUUGUCUGCGUUUAGCUAGCCUAAGAAUAUACAGUUUUUUAAAUGAAUCUGUACAUACACAUACCAAAAUAAUUUAUAAUUUAUAUUUAUAUUGUCUGUAUUUAUUAUUCUAGAAAUAUGUGAAUCAGGUAGUGGCAGCAGAGACGUAUUAUCGCGUCAUUAACAUUUCGUCAUCAUUCAUGCAUUGAAAUACAGGAACGAGUCGUUAUAAAGCAUAGUAUUAGGCCAAUUUAUUCUCAGUGCCACAGAAUCUUCUCCGACUCGCGUAACAAUGUACGCUUACUUAGCGGUUUUUUAAUUGCUUCUAUAGAUCAUAAUAUUUAUUAUUUUCCUGAGAAAUUAUCCCUUUUAGUAAAUUCCUAUGCUUGUAGUCCACAAGUUAAACUAUAUAUUUUGUAAUAGAUCACGGAUAUCCCAAUUGAAAUGAUGAGCCAUGGGCCGUCUUCAAAAGAAGAAACAGAAUCGACUGUAAUUAGAUAAUAGGCCUAUG